CUGGGUUUGCCUCGGUGUAUCAUGAAUCGCGAAAUUAUUGAAUAAGGACUAGUUUGGAAUAUUGGAUUCCAAAGUUCCAAACACACUACACACAUCGAUGUUCAUGUGCCUUGUGCAUUACGAUUGCGAGUUACGUUUGAAACUAUAUUGCCAAAAUGGUCAAGUUUUUGGCUCUUCUGGGUUUAGUGACCAUUUUGGUCCACAUUGUUAAUGCAGUUUACACUGUAACACAAGAUUUUGGAGAAUGUGAAAAUAAACAGUGCUUGGACAACGUUGGACCUUUUAAACCAACUUGGGACAGUUUGGACAGUCGAAGCCUGCCAGUUUGGUAUGACGAUGCUAAAUUUGGCAUAUUUAUACACUGGGGAGUUUUCAGUGUACCUAGUUUUGGGUCUGAAUGGUUUUGGCGCCAAUGGAAAGGUGCUAGCUCCAAACAGAUCACUGAAUUUAUGAAACAACGAUAUCCACCAAAUUUCACUUACCAAGACUUUGCUAAGGAUUUUACGGCUGAAUUUUAUAAUGCGACUCAAUGGAGCCACAUUUUUGAGGCUUCCGGCGCUAAAUACAUUGUGUUGACUAGCAAACAUCACGAAGGAUAUACUCUCUGGCCUUCCAAACGUUCAUUCAGCUGGAAUUCUGUGGAUGUUGGUCCCAACAGAGAUUUGAUCGGUGAAUUAGCAGAUGCAAUCAGAGCGAAUACGCAGAUUAAAUUUGGCUUGUAUCACUCCCUCUACGAGUGGUACAAUCCUCUGUGGCUGGCAGAUCAGAAAAACAAUUUUGCGACCGACGAUUUCGUCGUUUCUAAAACAAUGCCAGAAUUAAUGGAAUUGGUAAAUAUUUAUAAACCAGAAGUUAUUUGGUCUGACGGUGAAUGGGAUGCUCCAGACACUUACUGGAAAUCAAAAGACUUCUUGGCUUGGCUUUACAACGAAAGUCCUGUGAAAGAAACAGUUGUCGUUAAUGAUCGUUGGGGACACGAGACUGCAUGUCAUCACGGUGAUUUUUACACCUGCGCCGAUCGUUACAACCCUGGUGUGCUUCAACCACACAAAUGGGAAAAUGCUUUGACCAUUGAUAAAGAAUCUUGGGGAUAUCGGCGAAAUGCAGACCUCUCCCAGUAUCUCAGCGUCGAGGAAUUAGUCAAAGAACUUGUUACUACUGUCAGCUGCGGUGGUAACAUGCUGCUCAAUGUUGGACCAACCAAGGAUGGAAUUAUUGUGCCCAUUUUUGAGGAACGUCUUCGUCAAAUGGGUGAUUGGUUAUCAGAGAACGGUGAAGCGAUUUACAACACGAGACCGUACGAAAUUCAAAAUGACACGAUUAACGGGAAUGUUUGGUGGACUCAGAGCAAGGAUAAACAGAGUAUCUACGGUUCGAUUCUUCAAUGGCCAAAGGACAAUGUUCUUCGAGUUUCACCCGUUAAAAUAGCGAAAAAAUCUCGAGUUUGUCUUCUCGGACCCGGAUGCAAAACAGAACUCGAAUGGAAAAACGGCGCAAAAGCUCUUGAGAUCAAACUACCACUCGAGGCCCACAGAGGCAAACCUGCUUGGGUUUUCCGAAUCGAUAAGAUUACCAAAAAAUCCCAAAAUCUUGACUAGUUUUAUUAAUUCCAAUAAAAUAAGUGUUAAAGAAUAUUGACAGAAGCAUUUAAUAAAUUUUUUAAGAUACUUUAAAAUGAAUAAAAGAGCGAAAACGGUCUAUCGGAUGGGGACUCGCUCGACUUAUUGCAAA